AUGUAUAUCAAAGCCAAAGCACCUUCUUUUAAUAAAGAGGCGACUAUUCAAGUAACUCCCAAACUGGAUAUUGCCGACCUUCGAAGUCUAAUUUCUCAAGAAUUAGGCACAGACGAGUUUCCAAUUAACCGACUUCGCCUUCUUUACGCUGGAAAACAACUUGAAGACGGUCUUAACGUGCAUCAAUAUGACAUUAAGCACGAGCAUACUAUUCUCGUCACGUUAAAAGCUCUUCCCAUCGAGGAAGAAACCUCCCUUAGUUCUACUAUCUCAACCGAGUUUGCCGCCACGUCCCAAGAACCUAUUAUCGCGAGCUCUUCCAGCUCUGUCGUUGAAAACAAGGCCGCAGCGUCUAUAAAUGAAAAUGCUCCGGAAGACUUGCAAAAUGCUAUUCAAGCAAUUGAAGAGGAGGAAGAGUAUUUUUGCAAUAAAUGUAAAAAUAAUGCAAAAAAAAAAUGUAAGGAAUGUGGAUGCCAUAUCUGCGGCGGAAAGGAUGACGAAGAACACACGGUUGUGUGUGACGAAUGCAAUUACGUUUUUCACUGGAAGUGCUUGGACCCUGUGAUGACUGAAUUGCCAACUGAUAAUUGGUUCUGCGAAGAUUGCACCCAUGAUGAUAAAGAAGUUGUAACCGCGGGAAAAAAAUUAGAUUUAAGCAAAUCGAAAAAAUCAAAGAUGCCAUCCGCGACAACACAAAGGAAUUGGGGAGGAGGUAUGGCAUGUGUUGGUCGUAGCAAAGAAUGCACGAUCGUAAGUAAAGAUCACAGAGGUAAAAUUCCCGGUGUUCCUGUCGGCUCCUCCUGGCUUUACCGUAUUCACUGCGCUGAGACUGGAGUACAUCGGCCUCAUGUAGCUGGGAUAGCUGGUACUUCUCAAACGGGAGCUGUCUCUAUUGUUCUUGGUGGUGGUUAUCCAGAGGAUGAAGACAACGGAGAAGAAUUUACUUAUACCGGUUCUGGUGGUCGAGAUUUAUCCGGUAACAAAAGAACUGCAAAGCAGACCUCGGAUCAAGUGCUUACCAGCUAUAAUUUAGCAUUGGCAAAGACAUGCAACGCGGCCGUAAAUGAUGUCAAAGGUGCCACUGCAAAGGAUUGGAAAAAGAGUCAACCUAUACGUGUUGUGAGGGGUGAAAAGCUGAAAAAACAUAAUCCAAAAUAUGCUCCAGAACAAGGUUAUCGUUAUGAUGGUAUAUAUAAACUGGUUAAAUAUUGGAAAGAAACCGGUAGCACUGGAUUCAUCGUUUGGCGAUAUCUGAUGAGACGGGAUGAUCCUGAGCCUGCUCCGUGGACUAAAGAAGGCAAGCGCCGAAUCCAAGAACUGGGUUUAGAAAUGUACGUGCCCGAGAACAAACGUAAGCUUGAAGAAGGGGAGUCAUCAUCUUUGGCGUCAUCAAAAAAAGCGAAGAAAGUUAAAACCCGAUAUACUCCUUCUAAAGAGUUGAAAUCUUUCAUUAAGCAAGAUAAAAAGAAUCAACGAGCAUGGAAGCUUGUCUUGGAAUCAGAAACUUACACCGAAUUAGAAUUUAUCGAAGCAAUUCAAAGAGAAUUCUGUUGUCCUAUUUGUCAAGAACUAGCUAAACUUCCUGUCACUACCGAAUGCGAGCAUAAUAUUUGUGCAUCAUGUCUAGUUCAUUCCAUUAAAUGUACCGGCCUCUUUUGCCCUUCUUGCAGACAUGAUUUGAAAGAAUCCAUAAAUGAAAAGGAAGUUAAUAAAGCUGUAAAUGAAGAGCUUAUAGAAGCAAUUAGGGUCCUGAUCCCUGACUAUGAAGGACCUUCAUCUCAUAGUUCCAAGACUAAAAGGUAUUUGCAAUUAGAAAUUGUCAGUUUAUCGUUAUCCCGUUCUAAUAUUGCUUUCUAA